AUGAAGAGGUUAAGGAUAUCAAGAUGCACCGGGCAGCUGCUCAACGCCCAGGCCAGGACACACGCCUCGCCGUCCCUGACGCCCAUCCCCUUUAGAACACAGCAACUCGCCCAGGACCCCCGCAGGACCUGUGUGCGCUCAGUAUUCACGUUCCCUCCCAAAGACUCCGCCACCGACACCGCGGAAGCGACCUCCUCCCUCCCCGACGACGAAGCCGCCGACCUCGAAGAUGCUCCGUCCAGGCCGAAAACAAUCCCGUCACCCCUCCCCGAGCAGGCCCUCUCCUCGGCGAAGCUCGCCGCCCUCCACGCCCGCCUCUCCCUCCCCGAGAAGGUCCCCCUCCAGACCCUCGCCCGCUGCCUAGUCGACCCCACGGCCGACCCUCACCCCAACUUCAACAACGCCAACCUCGCCGUCCUCGGCGGCUCCCUCCUCACCUACCACACCUCCGAGCAGCUCAUCUGCCGCUACCCGCGCCUGCCCAUGGGCGUCCUCUACGAGGCCAUGCGCGCCUACUCCGGCUCCGACUCCCUCUACCGAAUCGCCCACGGCUGGGGUGUCGAGGCCACCGUCCACCCCGGCGAGGAAGUCGACCCGGGUCUGCUGCAGUGGUCGCAGGACCCGGCCGCGGGCAUCGUCCACGGCCGCUGGGGCUACGUCCGCAAGGAGCACCGCCACCUCGACAAGUUCAAGUGGCGCCGCGGCAUGUCCUCGCGUGUCGUCCUCGACGACGAGUUCGGCGACGUCCUGCACACCCCGGAGCCCAACCCCAAGGACGGGCCGCCGCCCGAGGAGGCCGACCCGGCGCUGAUCCGCGAGCGGUACAUGAAGCUCCGCAACAACGCGCACGCGGCCUUCGUGCGGGCCGUCGCGGGCGCCAUCUACGCCCACUGCGGCCGCGAGGCCGUCCGCACCUUCGUCGACGCCCACGUCCUCAGCCGCCAGGUCGACCUGGAGAAGAUCUUCAGCUUCAAGCUCCCGACGCGGGAGCUAGCCAUGCUGUGCGCCCGCGAGGGCUUCGACGCGCCCGUCGCGCGCCUCGAGGUCGAGACCGGUCGCCGGAGUAGGACCCCCGUGUACGUCGUGGGCAUCUACAGCGGCAGCGAUAAGCUCGGCGAGGGGACCGGCGCCAGCCUGGACGUGGCCCGUCUGCAGGCCUCGAUGAACGCGCUGAAGGCGUGGUACCUGUACAGCCCGGGCAACAACGUGCGGGUGCCGAGCGAUAUGUUGGUGGAGGGGGCGAAGCCGUGGCAACCUGUGCACGUCGACAUGGGCGAGGUCAUCUAA